UGGUGCUACAUUGGCGAAAGGGAAACUGACAAGGCGAAUUUCAUUUACAUAGUUUCAGGUGUCAGAGGAGCAACAGGAGGCUUACUAAGUACUUAGCUGGAUUAACCAGUUUCCCCCCAGUAUGUAGAAGAAAGGCUAGAAAACACAGCAGGGACUAUAUAGGCCACUGACUUAACUCAAGCGAACGCUAUAAUGGCUGGUUCUUUUCUGAAACGAAGUGAUCUUGGGAUCUGUCUCCAGCUUUUCUCUCUUAAUAGGGGUUGCGGCACCGGUGAUGGAGCAACUGUUGUUCCUUAGGUUUUUCAGCAUCCAUACAGUACUAGGAACUUAGGCAGGGUGGUGUCAGACAGGUUGCAGCGUCAGGGUAAUAGUUCCCAAUUUGCAGCCACUAAGUUUCUUUAUCCCAGGAGUAACUUCUGUGUUACCUUAUAGUGGUUGAUACUUGGGGAAUCAAUCUUGUUCCCUGUGAGCAACGUCUUAGGGUUAGACCUCCACAAAACUAUACCUAACUUCUGAGUAGAAUCUGAAAGCAUUCCAUGCUCAGUGGCCAAGAAAUUACAUGAUCCCCAGGGGAUAAACAGAAAUUGUAAGCAAACACUUUGCCUGCAACUAGGAAGGAAACUCAGACAAGGGCACAGCCUUAACCCGGUAGGCUCCCCAUUGCUAAUGGAUAAAGUGCACCACCGUAGGUGGGCUUUUAGGCUGUCUCCAGUUUCUUAAGUCUGGCCUCAUUUUACCUUUCCAAGACUUCCUUAUGGAAGGUGGAUUAUUCACUGCCCUGGGGACUUUGUUCUUUCAAGCCUGCCUAGGUUCAUAGCACUACCCUUCUGGAAUGCCUGGAUCGCAUCUUUACUUAUCAAGAUCCUUUCUUAAAAUCUUCCACCAUACCUUUCCUGAUUAUUCCAACUAAAAUUAAGCUUUUCUUCUGAAUUCUUCCAGCACUUUAUGGCAUUUAGCCUUGUAGUGGUUUUAGUAGAAAACAGAAGUUACUGCCUCCUCUUAAAAUAGAGGCCAGCAGCCAUGCGAAGCCACUAACUGGUCUCUUUGCCUUCUCUGUAGCCGGACAGUGCCACGUGUGUUGUGUAUAAUCAAUAGUAUUCGCAGAUGGAUAAAAGACAUUUGAACUUCGUUCUCGGCCCGAAAGUUUUUUCUCCAUUUUUCCCUAAGAAAUCUCCUUGACUCCUUUACUAUAAAGCCACACGGAAAGUCUUUAACACGUUUGCUACAGUCUCCUGUCCCAUCUACUUGUGAUCAUGCUGGUGAACUGAACAGUCAUCUUUAAAUCCAGAAGCUUUAUUAAUACUAGUGGGGUAUUUUCUGGUGCUGGUACUCAUCAAAGUUGUUACAUUUUGUCCUUAAUGUCCAUUUGUCCCUCAUGGCACCCACUGGACUUUGUUCCUCUCACUGAACUCAAAGUUGAUUCCCUUUUCCCGCUCAGAAAUGUUGGGGACGUGAUUAAUGUUCAUAAAGUUUUAGCUAUCUUGGAUUGAAGAGAUCCUUGAAAGUGCCCUCUAGGCAAACUGAUUCCAAGUGAUUGGCUUUUAGACGUGCACCUAGUUUGCUUUUGUUUCAUCGGGGCUUUCACAGUAUAAAGUUAUCACUAUAAUGUGUAACUAUAGUGGCCAUAUAUGUGUAAUUUACUUAAAAGCCAGGUAUUAAAAACAAGGACUGGUACGAAACGCCUUCAUAUUCCUGUAUACUUUACUUUUUUUCUUUUUGUCAUGGCAUUUGAAAAGCUUACCUGUCUCUGGGAUCAAAAAAAACAGACCCCUUCUGUUGGGAUAGCUUUAUCUGGAGAAGAGCUACAAAGAAAGCUACGUUGUGAUUUUUCGCUGCAGACUCUAAGUCAGUGACACUGUGAUCAAAGAGGAAAGCUGAGGCUCCCUUACUGCAAUUUGAUAGUUUUCAAACAUAAGUCUUUGCCUUGACUCAUUUACCCCCCAGCAGUGCUAUGAAAGCACCUUCCCUAAGAAAGAGAGCAGAUAGAGGAGAAGAUGGCUGUGCUCUUUGUCUUUACUGCUAGGCUAGCCUUGCUUUAGAACAAUGUGAGUCACGUAGGCCUAAGAUGGAGCUUACCCAUGGAACCUCUGAGCGCCCAGGGACCCCAGAUUAAAAACUCCUAGAAGAAGCUUUGUGCCUUUGACUCCAGGGAAGGAGUGUGCUGUAGCCUGGAAAACUUGGGAACUGGUUCACAAAAUAAAUGUCUCCAAAAGUGUGAGCUAAAUAAACUCACCAGUAAAUGCUGGCAGUCAGGGAUCCGUCCUUUCCCUAGUUUGGCACCAGAUGAUCUUAGUUAUAGGAGCACAAGCGCCUCCACAGCUUUAUUCUCUAGUGUCAUAGGGUUAUCCAGCUGGAAAGCUUAGUGGUAAAGAUUUAUCAGCGUGAAUUGAAGAAAUCCCAUCAAAAAUGCACUCAGUGCAGUCUGGCCCAAUUAUAAUUGCUACAUUGGGUGUGGCGAGUUUGAGGGAAAAUGUGUUUCCUCUAAAAUAGGUAAGGAUAGGAAAGCUAGUAGAAAGCUGAAGUACCUUCCGCUCUCCUGAGGUUCCCAGAGUCAGUCUUAACACUUUAGGGGCGGAGGCUGGUGGUAUAUAGUAGAAACUGAAACGCUUGCUUGCAGUAAUUCCCAGCUGUUUGUGAGUGGCCCACUCUGUCAAGUGAUAUUUUCAGGUCCUAGCAUUCAUCAUUGGCUUUUCUUUCUUGCCACACCUCCGACCCCUCUCUCUCCCUUUCCUGUCCCUGUGUUGUUACAGUUUAGAAGACCCAGCUGGACAGUGGACUUUGCUCACUGUGGUGACAUGACAGCACUCAAAGCAACUGAACUUAGUGUGUGGCCAUCCUAGUUUAGGGGUUCUCCGUCCACUGUCCUCCUGGAGCAGUGCAGUUGUAUCACUGGUUUUGUACAUAUCACAGAUUACCUUAUGCCAUCUGAUUACAGGCUCUUCCAAGACAAUGACUUAACUUGUUCAACUUUGUAUUUUGCACAGUACCUUAAAGUGCCUUAGGGUGCUGGCCCUAAAUACAUUUGUUAAGUAUUCAGUGAAUGUGUUGGCUUACUCUGGGGAGAGGGACAGGAGGAAGCCCUACAAGCACAAGUCCAUAAACCCUUAGCUAGCAACAGAAGCUAAUAGGUCGUAUGCUUCUUGCCUGGAAUGCUGCCUCAUUCAUUCAUUCAUUCAUUCAUUUUGAAAUACGUGUUCUGACCAAAAUCAGGGAUAUGUAUAAAUUUGUGAUCCAUGUAGUGUUGUAUCCCAGAACCCGAGAAUAUCUGUAUCUAUAUAUCUGGCUUAAGCCUUAAUGGCCACCCCUCAAAUACUGGCAGCAGUAUUCUAGAAUAGCUGAGUAUAUUCCCCUUUUCAGACUUCUCCAAGAUGCCCAAAGCUAUUUAUGUUUUUGCCCCAGUAUAAAUUAUUUCUUAUUUAAGCUGUUUAUUCAGUAGUACUUCACUUUGAGGCAAUAUGUUUUGUGGUCAGCUUAUUGAGAAAGAUUUCCCAAUGUUUCUGCUUAACGUGGGUUGCCUAUCUCUUGAGGUUUCAGAGGCCUCCAAUUUCUUGUUCUCCUUGGGCUCAGUUGUUGGCUAUGACUAUGGGCUGGCGUCUCUCUUGUCAGAGUCUUGCACAUUUGGAGGAAGAGGAACUGCCUGUGUGUUGACACCGAAGACAGGUCUGCGUGCACUGAGUUAUGGGCGUCUGUUCUCUUGAACCAGCUCUGCCAGUAGCUUUCAGCUGUGCUUGGUGUGUUGAGCGUAGCAUGACUGUUUUCAAACUUGAGGAUUGCCCUCACCUGACUGCAUAUAUCGCAUGAUAAUCCCUGAGAAGGAAUUGAGAUCACUGUUGGGUCAACAAAGAACUGGUACAAGAUGCCAAAGGUGGAUGUCUGUGAACAGCCACCGGGGACGGACACGGUGCGCAGGGCUGUGCUGACUGCCCAUAGGAAAGGUGUGGGUUGCCCGAGCUUCCGUUUCCUCCCCGUCAUGCAGCUCGCCCCGAGUGCAGGUGUUGCCUGGCUCUCUUUGCACUGCCCUGUGCUUUUCGGGGCUCAGGUGACCCCAGUGCAAGAAAAUGUGGAUAUUCUGGCUCCUCCUGCUGCGAGCAGGAAACGCCUUUGUUGCGGGGCUGGAAAUCUUGGGGCACUUUUCCCCUCCUUUCCAUACGCCUUCAUCUCCCUGGGACCUGAUUAAAGACUACUUCCUUACAGGAUCUAUGUGCCUGUCUCAGGUCUCUGAAAAACUCGUCUGAAUGGGGCGUAGGUCAUCAGCUAUGGCUACUGGGACAACUCGCUGAGCCGGUUGUUUGGUGGCAGAGGGCAAGGCUGGGCUGCCUCCUGCCUUCAGCCUCCCGCAUCCAGUGUCUUCCAUCACAAGGAACUCUCUGCCCCCUGGGGCCGAGAGACCCCACCCUUUCCCCAAGCUGAAGCCGCAGAGCAUUGAGGUACCAGCCAGAUGUCUUCUCACAAAGGACCUGUGGUGGCCCAGGGCAGUGGGGCUCCUGCCGGGAACAGGGAGGCGGACACAGUGGAGCUGGCUGAGCUGGGCCCCCUGCUAGAGGAGCAGGGCAAGCGGGGCGUCGCCAGCCCAACCAAAGCCGAAGAAGAGCGGGCACGCGCAGUGCCUCAGGAAGAGGAGGAGGAGGUGCGGGUGCUGACGCUGCCCCUGCAAGCCCACCAUGCCAUGGAGAAGAUGGAGGAGUUUGUGUACAAGGUCUGGGAGGGGCGCUGGAGGGUCAUCCCAUACGAUGUGCUCCCCGACUGGCUGCAGGACAACGACUACCUGUUGCACGGCCACAGGCCGCCCAUGCCCUCCUUCCGCGCCUGCUUCCAGAGCAUCUUCCGCAUCCACACGGAGACCGGCAACAUCUGGACCCACCUGCUUGGUUUUGUGCUGUUUCUCUUUCUGGGAAUCCUGACCAUGCUGAGACCAAACAUGUACUUCAUGGCCCCCCUUCAGGAGAAGGUGGUGUUCGGGAUGUUCUUCCUGGGCGCGGUGCUCUGCCUCAGCUUCUCCUGGCUCUUUCACACCGUCUAUUGUCACUCAGAGAAGGUCUCUCGGACCUUUUCCAAGCUGGACUACUCAGGGAUCGCCCUGCUCAUCAUGGGGAGCUUCGUGCCCUGGCUCUAUUACUCCUUCUACUGCUCCCCGCAGCCACGGCUCAUCUACCUCUCCAGCGUCUGUGUCCUGGGCAUCUCUGCCAUCAUUGUGGCCCAGUGGGACCGGUUUGCCACUCCUAAGCACCGGCAGACAAGAGCAGGGGUGUUCCUGGGGCUUGGCUUGAGCGGCGUCGUGCCCACCAUGCACUUUACAAUCGCGGAGGGCUUUGUCAAGGCCACCACUGUGGGCCAGAUGGGCUGGUUCUUCCUCAUGGCUGUGAUGUACAUCACCGGAGCCGGCCUUUAUGCCGCGCGGAUUCCUGAGCGCUUCUUCCCUGGAAAAUUCGACAUAUGGUUCCAGUCUCAUCAGAUCUUCCACGUCCUGGUGGUGGCAGCCGCCUUCGUCCACUUCUACGGGGUCUCCAACCUUCAGGAGUUCCGAUACGGCCUGGAAGGGGGCUGUACUGACGACUCCCUCCUCUGAGCCGCCCCGCAAGGGCACAGCAGGAACUUCCCAAGUGCUUUUAAAAUAACUUCUUUGCUGAAGUGAGAGGAAGAGUCUGAGUUGUCUUGUUUCUAGAAGAAACCUCUUAGAGAAUUCAGAACCAACCGAGCUUCAGCCCACUUCACACUCACCGGGCAAUAAACUCUCCAUUCCCUCGCUGAGAGCAGUGGGGAUGGGCAGACGUGGCCGCACGCCCCUCGGUAAGGCGACCACUGUCCCCUCACAGAGACGGGGCUUUGAAGCUCAUGUUGAGAGUUUACCCCUCCUCCAACCGUUCUGGGGAAAAAUGAUGGACUGGGACUCUUCAGAAAUUCUGUUUCUGGAAGAAACUGUCCCUCCCUCACCCCUGUCUUGACUUUGUAACCUGGCUUAUAACAGGCCAUCCGUUUUUGUAGCACACUUUUGAGAAACAGUUACAACCUCGUCCAUCUUUCUAGGGCCUGGACUUGCUCACACAGCAGGAAGAGCAAAGCCACCAACUUUUACACAGCUGGCUAAUCAUGGAAGUGUGUCCAGGCUUCAAAUAACUUGAGUUUUAAUGUUUUCUUGGCAGAGUAAUGUAAAAUUAAAGUGGGGAAAGAUAUUUAAUAUUUAAUACUAAGCUUUAAAAAGAAACCUGCUAUCAUUGCUAUGUAUCUUGAUGCAAAGACUAUGAUGAUAAUAAAAGAGUACAGAAGACACUUGGCAUUCAAAGAUU